CCUUGGUCGUCCAUGUGUUACUGUUCAUGCGGUCACAUCUGGCAGCAUGGAUCUUGGAUUUUAGUGCCAGAUGUUCCUGCCCAGGUGAACCGAGCACCUUAUCCAACCCGGCCUGAACCAAGCAUCCAAGUACGACAGAAUACACAGCAGAUGGCAUAUUGCACCGAUGUAUUACCUCUACCAAACAGUUCUACUGCUACUGCGAACGUUGGUCUUGGGGACAUGUCAGUGGAGAGGAAGACUCCGAUGAAGACAGGUUCUUCUGAGGGACCAGGAAUUGGAUGCAGCAUGGCUGUAACUGGUGAUGAGAGAGAAGCAGGCGAUGCUCCUUCGGAAAUGGGUGUAGGUGAUCUGCGCAUUCCCACCUCUGAGCCUGGGUUUCAGGGCAAUGGCUCUCAGACGCCUUUAGAGGAUGACUUAAAGAAGAGGGAGCGCCGCCGGAUGAAAAACAGGGAAGCUGCGCGGAUGUGUCGGCGAAAGAAGAAUGAAUACGUCAGAUGCCUUGAGAACCGCUUGGUCGAGCUGGAGGAGCAAAAGAGUUCUCUCAUAGAGGAGUUCAAGGCCCUCCAAAGCAGAGUGACUCCACAGCAGAGAUCAGGAACUGCAAUCCUGUGAACUUUGUUUUUUUUGUGACUUGUCUCGAAGGAGUUUGGAAUAACAAGGAGCUUACAUGAAAAACACUCCACGUCUUUCAUUUUCUGCGUGUUUACACGAGGUCAGGAUUCCAGGGUUAUAAUUAUACAACAACAACAUUAGGAGCAGUAGGUUGGAAGGAGAAUACAGGGUUGAAAGGUAGUGAGGGCAAAAAAAAAUUGGAUUCAUCCAUGUUUACUAGACCCAAUAAAUAUUUGUUGUUGAUAGAUUAAAUAAAUAUAAAAACAAAACUUAUGCCACUGUCACUUUACAUCAAUAUUCAGAAUAAUUGGCUGAUAAUCUAAUUUUAAAAAUCAGAAUAUUGGAAGGUAUUUCUAAAGGGUCAAGGUUUCUAUUUGAGCUGAAAACCAGACUGUACAGAUCUUUGGUUCAUAUAUGUGAUAGCGCAUCUCUUACAAGACUGAUGCCAUUGUUUAUCUUAUUAUUUAUUACUGCAGAUUUUUCCAGCAGUUUUGUUAUGGUGCGUUCACAAGGAGUUGGUGAACGCAGCUAUUUCCUCAAACCCCACAUGUGCCUCUGCAUCAUAUGCACUAUGUUUACAACCUGGACUGCAUCAUCAAAUACAUAUACACCCCACUGAAGUGAAAAAAUGCAAAUAGACCGAAUGGUUAUUGCUUCAUUAGUGCAAUUUUGAGCAUUUAAAAUGUUCUUUUGUAAAAUUUAAAAAUGAAUAAAUAAAAAAAUGGUCAUAUGUUAAGCUGUUGUUUCAGAGAUAUUGACGAUAAUUUAUUUAGGUUACCCAGGGGUCAACUAUCGCCUCCGAAUUGAAUCAAAAUUAUCUAGCCUACUUUUUCAGAGCUUUUCAUUUGCGCAGGUAAAACUAGCGUUUUAGUUGAUAUGGUUUUUAAGAUGGAAGUAUUCCUAAUUUUUAGUGCUGCGCUCGUUUCGUGAUAUAAAGUUAUUGCAGAACACCACAUCUCAUUCCUGUGCUGGUAUUUAUUAUAACAGUGGGAAUGUUUCCCUUAUUUAGUGGCUGGAAUGAUUAAUAUUUAGUAAAUAAACAGCCUCCCAGACUUUCCGCUUUGGACCUGCUGUUGCUCGUCUUUAUCCUGUGUCAUUUGUUAGACUUAGACAAACUUUAUUAUCAUUUUGUAUAAACUCUGUGUAUACAAAAUGACAUUUCCAUUUAUUAAAGUGCAGCAGUGAUCAAAUGUAAACAUUGGGAGAAAAAAAAUGGUGUAAAAAAAAAACCGAAUUGAUACGGUCGGUUUGAUACAGAGACUGUGAUAUGAUUUACAGUUUUCUUCAACAUGCAGCUUUUUUUUUUCUUUCAGUUUUUCAGGGGGUUUUUUCAACAUUCAGCUCCUGCCUUGCUGGUCUUGCUGUCUGUCAGUAUUUCAGAAUAAAAGCACAGGUGAA